AUGGCUGAGGUCCGCCUCAUCCUAACUCCCCUCUCAUCGCGCAAGCUCCGCUGCGACCUCGAGCUCAUCGAUGAGGGAGGACAGCGCCAGCCGCCGACGCAAGGCGUCCUGUCUUCGUUCGAGGCCGCCCGCCACGCCUGCUCCGCUGCGACUCCUGACGGCGCUUUGGUGGUGGACGGCGUCGUCGCACGGCGGCGCCACAUGGGCGGCCACUCCUUUGUGGACCUCGUGUCGGGCGGCGCUGCCGAGGGGCCGUCGCUGCAGGUCGUCGUCAACGCGGCCGAUCUCGACGGCAGCAGCCUGCGCGGGCUGUCGCUCUCGCUGCUGCUCCGCCGGCACUCGCGCCUCCGGGUGGCUGGCACGCCCGGCCGCACGCGCAGCGGCGAGCCGUCGCUGUUUGCCCGCUCGCUCCGCCUGCUCCGCCUGCCCGCCGACCCGGCCUGCGUGCUCAAGGCGGCGAGGCUGGUUGCGACAUGCGCCGACCUGCCGGCCGAGGCGGCUGCGGAGGCGCUCGGCUGCGUCGAGGAGGAGCUGUACGAGAUUGUGCACGAGCUCGAGGCUGCGGACGGCGGCGCCGAAGCUGCUGCUCGGCCCUCUCCUCCGAACUCUCCCUGA